UGGACGGGAUUCAGAAAUACGGCUACAGAAGCUCAGGAUCGCUUUUCCCCUUGCCCCUAAUAGAUCAACUGCUCAUUUGAAAGUUGCUCGAUUCCAGAUAUUGAUACCUUGCUGGACGCUGGUCACGAUAUGUCUGCACUCGAGACCGAAGACAGCGUGCUCAGCAUGGCUGGACGCCCGAGAAGGCAUGACGAUGAAGAUGAUGCUUCUGAUAUCCUUGAAGACGACGAUGCCGAAAGCACUACAAGCGCUCCUGCUGAUGGCGCCAUGAAGGGACAGGGUAAAGUUGAAGAGGAGAGGGAGCUGCCUCCGCAUGCUUGCGCAUAUUGCGGUAUCCAUAACCCAAGCAGCGUUGUCAAAUGUCUGGCUUGUAGCAAAUGGUUCUGCAGUGCUCGUGGCAAUACUUCUUCGUCGCACAUCGUCAACCAUCUUGUCCGGGCUCGGCAUAAGGAAGUUCAACUCCACCCUGGCUCGUCACUAGGCGACACUAUUCUCGAAUGCUACAACUGCGGUACAAAGAAUGUCUUCCUUCUAGGAUUCAUUCCAGCCAAGUCAGAUACGGUUGUUGUCCUCCUUUGCCGACAGCCUUGUGCGGCUAUGCCGUCUUCGAAGGAUAUGAAUUGGGACACCUCUCGUUGGCAGCCGCUGAUCGAAGAUCGUUCUUUCUUACCAUGGCUCGUUGCAUCGCCUUCUGACCAAGAACAGCUCCGCGCACGCCACUUGAGUCCCCAACUCAUCGCCAAACUCGAAGAAAUGUGGAAAGAAAACUCGCAGGCAACCGUUAGCGAUUUGGAAAAGGCCACAGCGGUGGAUGACGAACCGGCUGCUGUCUUGCUACGAUAUGAUGACGCUUUUCAAUACCAGAAUAUCUUCGGUCCUUUGGUCAAGAUCGAGGCUGACUACGAUCGCAAGCUCAAAGAGUCUCAAUCGCAGGACGGGCUCAUCGUGCGAUGGGACCUUGGUCUCAACAACAAGCACCUGGCAAGCUUCAUACUUCCAAAGCUCGAGCUCGGAGACGUCAAGCUUGCUGUUGGAGAUGAGAUGCGUCUUAAAUAUACCGGCGAAUUGCGUCCGAAAUGGGAAGGAGUAGGAUAUGUCAUCAAGAUCCCAAACAAUCAGUCCGACGAAGUCACCAUCGAAUUACGCUCGAAGGGUGACCACAAAUCGGUUCCGACCGAAUGCACACAUAACUUCACUGCCGACUAUGUCUGGAAGUCCACUUCAUUUGACCGUAUGCAACUUGCCAUGAAGACGUUCGCCGUCGAUGAGAUGAGUGUAUCUGGUUAUAUUUUCCACCGCCUUCUCGGUCACGAAGUUGCUGCGGCGCCGAUGAAGACCCAAAUGCCUAAGAAGUUCAGCGUGCCCGGCCUUCCUGAACUCAAUGGUAGCCAGAUAAAUGCAGUCAAAAGCGUUCUUCAAAGGCCCUUAAGUCUAAUCCAGGGGCCCCCGGGUACAGGAAAGACGGUCACUUCUGCUACCAUUAUCUACCACCUGGCGAAGAUUAAUGGUGGCCAAGUUCUCGUUUGUGCUCCGUCCAACGUCGCAGUUGACCAACUUUGCGAACGUAUCCACAGGACUGGCCUCAAGACCGUGCGUGUCACCGCCAAAUCUCGUGAGGAUGUGGAGUCUCCCGUUGGCUUUCUCUCUCUACAUGAGCAGGUUCGCAUGAAUGACAGCAAUGUCGAACUCUUGAAGCUCAAUCAAUUGAAGGGAGAGUUGGGCGAAUUGUCUAGUCAGGAUGAGAAACGCUUGAAGCAGUUGACCCGUGCUGCCGAGCGAGAAAUUCUGACGAAUGCGGACGUCAUCUGUUGCACCUGUGUUGGUGCAGGUGACCCUCGUCUUGCCAAGUUCAAGUUCAGGACUGUUCUGAUCGACGAGUCAACCCAGUCAGCCGAGCCUGAAUGUAUGAUUCCCUUGGUAUUGGGUUGCAAACAAGCCGUUCUAGUAGGUGAUCACCAGCAACUUGGUCCUGUCAUCAUGAACAAGAAAGCGGCCAAGGCAGGCCUCAACCAGUCUCUCUGAAUGUCCAGUACCGUAUGCAUCCUUGCCUCUCGGAGUUUCCAUCGAACAUGUUCUACGAAGGAUCUCUGCAGAACGGCGUGUCUAUGGCGCAGCGUCUUCGCCGUGAUGUCGAUUUUCCUUGGCCUGUCGGUGACAACCCCAUGAUGUUCUGGUCCAAUCUUGGCAACGAGGAGAUUUCGGCUUCUGGAACGUCUUAUCUCAAUCGUACCGAAGCAGCCAACGUGGAAAAGAUUGUUACGCGUUUCUUCAAGGCGGGCGUUCAGCCACAGGAUAUUGGUAUCAUCACCCCUUACGAAGGUCAGCGUAGCUAUGUCGUUAGUUCGAUGCAGGCCAGCGGAACUUUCAAGAAGGAGCAUUACAAGGAGAUCGAGGUUGCUUCGGUCGAUGCCUUCCAGGGAAGAGAAAAGGACUUUAUCAUCUUGUCCUGUGUUCGAUCCAA